AUGUCUGUGAGUGAUGAACAUCAGGAGUUCUAUGAUAAUCUCGGACAAUGGGUCGAAACGCAAAAGAAAAAUUACUCCAAUUUGAGCGCCCUACUUAAUGAAGGGGCUCGAGCUUAUUGGUCGGCACCCACUUUCUAUCCUUCCGGUACGACACCAACUACGACCCAGGCUUCUGCUCGACAAGUGAACGCUCAGCAGCACUCUCCAAGGCCCCCCGUACACCGGUAUCGGCGGUUCCAGUUGGCCCCACUGCAUACACGACUGCUGGCAGAAGUCGUGGAUCUCGUGCUAAUGUAUCUGCUUAAGGUCGCUCUUUUGCGUCUCAUAGGUGGUCAAGCUCUGUUUUCACAAUUUAUGGGUUUUCUACCGAACGACAUACUGAACAGCCUGCCUGGCUACCGGUUCAUGCGCAUUUUCUACUCCUGGGCCUUCAUUAUUUCUCCAGAGGAUGAUUUGGACUUCUAUGUACAGGUGCUGAAGACUUACGAGGAGUUUAUACGACCCCUGCACAGCGAUGCGCUGCUGCUCUCCAACGUCCUGUGGCUCUUUUUACGGGUGGUCAGUGAGAUUUUCCUGCUCAGUCAUCCCAUGCUCGGUUUCGGACCCGGCGGCUGUACCAUUGGGAAGUAUCUAUUCAACCUGCGGGUUGUUUCCUGCCGUAGCUUGAUUCGCCAGGCGGAUUCAGUUGAAGUUUCACCCGCCGGUGACCCUGGCUUACUAAGGUGA